CUGAGUACGUUUGCACUGCGGCGGCAGUGACGUACGAUCACUCGCACAACCGCGAACACGGUUCACCGACACCUGCCUACAAUAAUAAUAUUGUGUGGUAUAAAUUUACUCGGCAUCGACAACGACGACGACGAGACACUUGCAGGUGUUGAAAUGUCCGUUUAUCCAAUACUGUUGCAUGCAGGAGCGUGUUUGUGGUAUGUUUUCUUUUGGAACAACUUUUUAGCUAAUGGCAGUGGUCAAAAAGAGAGCGACUGGGAUCCUAGGUACCGAGACAUUCAUGAAAUGGGAUCUAGGUUUCUCACCAAUUGGAAUCUAUUUAUUCAGACGUUGUUCUUUGGCGGCUGUCUGUUUCAUGAUGUAAUGAAAAUAUUGAACGGUCCCAACUGGUUGAAAUUAGGUUCGAAAUUUCAAACUAUACUCUCGUUGAGUUUUUCAUCGAUAUUACUGCCAACUGGAAUUUUCGUGUGUGUCACAUUUUGGGUAAUGUAUGCUUACGAUCGUGAAGUUAUCUACCCAAAAAUAGUUGAUAGUUACAUACCGUAUUGGCAAAAUCAUGGAAUGCACACAACUAUUUUACCACUCUUGUUGGCUGAAUUAUGUACUACCAGACAUAAGUUCCCUUCGGUGACAGCUUCAAUGACAAUAUUUUUGGGAUUCGGAAUUUGCUACGGACUCGUUUUUUUGGGAACGUACGUGGAAAAAGGACGUUGGGUAUACCCCUUGUUCGGCCUGUUUAGCUUUCCGAUUUCAUUGGGUAUUAUGAUUGUUUUAUUUUUAAAACUAAUGUCGUUUUUAUUCGUCGGUAUAUUCAUCCAAAACAUGUACUGGGGAAAAGAAGAAAAGAAACGACACCGAAAACCUGUUAAGAAAUCAUCCUAAUACAAAUAUAUAGUACAAAAUAUGAUGUCUUGAAUUUUUUCAAAAAAAAAUAUUAUAAUUUAAUAAAAUGUUUAUAACUAUGCAUAUAUAGUUUACACAUUAUGAUUCAAUGUCAUGUUAUGAUAAAUAUUAAUGGUGUUAAUAAUUUAUUUUUUAUUUUGUUAAUAUACCUACAUAAUAUAUUACAUACCUACUAUUUUAAAUGUAUAUAAUGUUAUUUUUAUACUUAUUUGACUUAUUUGUUAUUCGUGUAUCUAAAUGUUUUCAUUAUUUUGUUACAGUUAUUCCAGAAUUUAAAUACAGUAUGAAAUAAUUGUAUUUUUAGUUGUGUUUAUAGUAACAUACUGAAUAUUAAACUUUUAACAGUAUUAGAAUAGUUGUACAUAAUUGAAACACCCUAAAUGUUUAGUUUUUAUAAUAAUUAUAGAAAAAUAUUAUGUUUUAAA